AUGAUUAUCGAAUGGUUUGUAGGGGAGCCACUGAAGGCAGCUUUGCUCAUUAACUAUGACCCCAAUGGACCCUCUCGCUUGUUGUCUACCAUUGCUUGCAGUGCUGAGCAGGAAGGACAAAAAGUUAAUCCCAUUGAAUUGAGUCAAUUUGUUGAUUUUAUCAAACAAAAUAAUCUCCAGACUCAAAGCUUCAUCAUUGGGCCAAACCAGUAUGUGGUUACUUCAGUUCAUGAGAAUUGGUUUUGUGCAAGAUGCAUGAACACAUUAAAACCUGCUGGUGAAGGUGCUAUUGCUAUGCAGACAAAGGCAUUCCUUUUAGUUGCUCUGUAUGAUGGCUCAAUUGGCUCAGCAUCUCGUGCUAUGUUGUCUGUUGAUCAACUUAUAUGGCAGUUGGGUCGAAGAAAUCUUUAGCCUUAUCUUCCAAAAUGCAUGGGGCAGUCCAUUUGGGUGAAAGCUAAAUCACAUUAGCAGCAUAAAAGUUGCUAUAGUAUAUUUCCCUCUGACUUAAUACUAGGUUCGACUUGUACGAUUAUUGUGCCCCAGGUUGAGUUAUCUUUUCAGAGCAAGUCUUUUCUUGAGCUUUCUGGUGUCCAUCUCUUGGGAUUUUAAUGUGGCUCAAGCUCCAUAAAACAAAAAAUUAUCUUGAUUAAUGUUAACCAACAUUUGCAGUGACACAAGUUUCACUUGGCUGAUUUUUUAUUA